AUGGCGCCCAAGGGAAAAAAGGGAAAGAAAGGCGGAGAUGAUUGGGAUGAUGGCUUGGGCGAGACCGUUGACCCAGUAGCCCAGGCUGAGCAGGAGGCCAAGGCAGCCGACAAUGCUGAGGAGGAAGAAGAAACCGGCGGCGGUGGCGGUCUCAUGGCUAUGUUGAAGAAGAACCGGGACAAGCGCAAGAAAAAGGGCAAGGUCGUGGACAACGAUCACGUCGAAGGCGAGGAUCCUACUGCCGAUGGAGCCGACGACGCUACGCCUGUGGUCGAUUUAGCUGCCAAAGCACCCGAGGAGGCCACUAUUGAGGACGAGUUUGAGGAUCCCAAAAAGAGUAAAAAGGGCAAGGGCAAGCAGGGUGGAAAGAAGGCGCCUGAGGCCGAUGCGGGGGGUGACGGCGCCGACGAUGGUGAUGGCGACGAUGGUCGAGUGAAGACGAAGGCCGAGAAGGAGAAGGAGAAGAAAGAGCGCGAGAAGCAACGCAAGAAGGAGCAGGCCGCCUUGAAGAAGAAGACUGCUCCCGCGGCUCCCAAGCAGGAAGCAGACAAGCCUGUCGAAGCAGCCCCUGUGGCGGCUGCACCCGAGCCUGCUGGUGGCAAGAAGAAGAAGCUGACGCCGGCUCUCGCGGCGCUACAGAAGCAACAAGAGGAGCUUCGCCGGCGGCAAGAAGAAGAGGCUCGGGAACGUGCCGAGCUGGCUGCGAGAGCUGAGGAGGAGCGCAAGCGGGAUGAGGAAGAGGAGAAGCGUGCAAGCGAGGCCAGGGCCGCAAAGAAGGCCAAGGAAAAGGCCAAGGUUGAGCAGCAGAAACGUGAGGGCACUUACAAAACGGAGAAGCAGAAAAAAGACGAAGCCAUGGCCAAACUACGACUGCAGCAGAUGUUGGAGUCUGGAGCCAAGGUCGCUGGUAUCGAAGGUGAUGUUGAGCCUAAGAAGCCAACCAUUAAGGAUCUGCGAAAGAAGAACCCUCGUAAAGAGGCCGAGGAGCGCAAGGCGCAGCAAGCUCGCGAGGAAGAAGAGGCUAGACUGAAGAUGGAGGAGCUCGAGUUGAAGGAGGCUGCCGAGAAGAAGGCUGCAAAAGAAGCCGAGAAGGCGCGAAAGGAGGCUGAGAAGAAGGCCGCCAAGGAGGCGGAGGACGAGCUGGAAGAUUGGGAAGCAAUGGCCGCCAAAGAAGAGGAUGAUGGGCUCAAGGACAGCUGGGAUGCCGAAUCUGGAGAUGAGGAUAAGCCUGCAACUAAUGGCAAGCAAACGCAGAAAGAAGGCGAGGACGAAGAAGAGGACUCCGACGACGACUCAGAGGACGAUUCGGAUUCUGGCUCUGAUUCCGACUCGUCUGAGGAGGAAAUGACCGUCACCCAGCGACAAGCAGCAGCUCGUAAACAACAGGCAGCUGACAAGCGACGGGCGGAACACGAAGCAGCGAAAGCUGCAGCGUCAAAGGACAAUUUGCGAUCCCCUAUUUGCUGUAUCCUUGGCCACGUCGACACUGGUAAGACGAAGCUUCUUGACAAGAUUCGCCAGACCAAUGUUCAGGAAGGAGAGGCGGGCGGCAUCACGCAGCAAAUCGGUGCCACCUACUUCCCCGUUGAGGCCUUGCAGAAGAAGACUGCCAUUGUCAACCAGGAUGGCGCUUUCGAGUUCAAAAUUCCUGGCCUGCUCAUCAUCGAUACGCCGGGACACGAGUCCUUCUCUAACUUGCGAUCUCGUGGAAGUGGUCUGUGUAACAUUGCUAUCCUCGUCGUCGACAUCAUGCACGGUCUCGAGCCUCAAACCUUGGAGUCAAUGAAGCUCCUGCGUGAUCGAAAGACGCCCUUCAUUGUCGCCUUGAACAAGAUCGAUCGACUCUACGGAUGGAAGCAAAUCGCGAACAACGGCUUCCGUGACUCUCUUGCCCUCCAGAAGAAGAGCGUGCAAGACGAGUUCAGGGAUCGUCUGGAAAAGACAAAGCUCGCUUUCGCUGAGCAGAGCUUCAACGCCGAGCUGUUCUACGAGAACAAAUCCAUGGCCAAGUUCGUCUCGCUGGUGCCGACAUCUGCGCACACCGGUGAAGGCAUUCCGGACAUGUUGAAGCUACUCACUACACUCACUCAGGAGCGUAUGACGAAUCAGCUGAUGUACCUGUCCGAGGUUGAGUGUACUGUUCUGGAAGUCAAGGUCAUUGAGGGUCUCGGUACCACGAUUGAUGUUGUCCUGUCCAACGGUAUCCUUCACGAAGGCGAUCGCAUCGUCCUGUGUGGUACCGAAGGUGCCAUUACUACAGACAUUCGAGCGCUCCUCACGCCCGCUGAGAUGAAGGAAUUGCGUAUCAAGUCACAAUACGUGCACAACAAGACUGUCAAGGCUGCGCUUGGUGUGAAGAUUGCUGCCAACGGUCUCGACAAUGCUAUUGCUGGUUCGCGUCUGCUUGUUGUCAAGGACAAGGACGACGAAGACGAGAUUGAGGAGCUUGAGGAGGAUGUCAUGGGUGAUUUGGAGAAUCUCAUGUCGCGGAUUGCCAAGUCUGGUCGUGGUGUUACCGUUCAGGCCUCGACUYUCGGAUCACUCGAAGCACUCCUCGAAUUCUUGAAGGUUUCCAAGAUUCCUGUCGCAAACAUCAGUAUUGGCCCUGUUCACAAGCGCGAUGUCAUCACUGCUUCCACCAUGCUGGAAAAGUCCAAGGAGUACGCCGUCAUGUUGUGUUUCGAUGUCAAGGUCGACAAGGAAGCGCACGAACUUGCCGAUCAGAUGGGGGUGAAGAUCUUCACUGCCGAAAUCAUCUACCAUCUCUUUGACGACUUCACCAAACACAUGGCAGCUAUUGCAGCUGUGAAGAAGGAGGAAAGCAAGAUGCUUGCCGUCUUCCCCUGCGUCCUCCGCCCUGUUGCAGUUUUCAACAAGAAGGACCCAAUUGUUGUUGGUGUGGACGUCAUCGAAGGCAAUCUACGCAUUAACACGCCUAUUGCGGCUGUCAAACAAAACGCCAUAACUGGCCUUAAGGAGAUUCACAGUUUGGGCAGGGUUACAUCCAUCGAGCGAGAUCACAAGCAACUACCCAUUUGCAAAAAGGGUCAGCCUAGUGUGGCCAUCAAGAUUGAAGGCGCGAACCAGCCUACAUACGGGCGACAGCUCGAGGAGAAAGAUACCCUUUACUCGCACAUUUCGAGAAAGAGCAUUGAUACGUUGAAGGAGUUUUACAGAGAUGAAGUUGAGAAGGACGAAUGGACGUUGAUUGCGAAGCAUCUCAAGGGAUUAUUUGAUAUCAACUAG